CGGCAUCACAAUCUGCAUACUUGGGACGUCCGCUGCAGUUGUCGGCGCACUUCUUCUGCGGGCCUGCGCUGUUUCUGGAACCAGAUUAGUCGAUCCGUUCACAAGAGGGGUGCUGAAUUGGGAAGAUGAUGGCUCCGGAUCCGCUGCGAUCAGCGACGACCGUCGGGGUCGUUGAGGAUACUUCGCUCGCGCUGCCCUCCGACAGCAAGUUACGCUCGGGACAGCAGCGCGUGCUGGACCAGGUUCACAGCAUUAAGAGGAGCAAGUCCAAAUACGGGAAGAGUGUCAGAGCUUCCUCUCCCACAAGCCCAACUUCACAGGCUUUCACAAAAAAUGAUUUUGCAUCAUUCAAGUAUUCUCCAACCAAAGCAAGUGACACCUUCCAGCGCAGCAGAUCCACCAUGUCAGCAAGCACCAACAGAGAGACAAGCAUGCAGAAGAGUCGUACUCUAUCCACUAAAGCUUCUAGAGGAAGAUAUACGAGUACGUCCGGUGUUUGGGAGCAGCAAAUGAAUGCCUCCACCUGGCCAAACAGUGGGCUGAAAUCCAGUCAGAGUGACCCUGCCUUGGCUCCACCUUUUUCUGUUGUCACUGCACCUAGCAUGAGAGUGAAAGGGCAGAUGGCACAGGGCCAAAGCACCCUUCAAACUCGAAUAAAUAGACACAGUGUUUCAUCAAUGAGUAAUGGUAAUCCGUUGACCAGCAGCCAGUCACGCAUGGUCCGCAUGCUCUCCAACAAGUCUCCCAGUGAGGGCAAGAUGGGCACCAUCAAAGCAUCCAAAAUAGAGCAAAAAUCAAUGACAAACGCUACAGAGAACAUGCCAGACCUGACCCUGAAAGAGGCCGUGGAGUUUCUGUCUCACCCUGAUGAAAAUUACCAGCAGUGGGGAGCAACCUUCAUCCAGCACACCUGCUACAGCGAUGAGUCUGCCAAAACAGAGGUUUCUCAGCUCAAGGGUAUUCCUGCUCUGGUGACCCUGCUGAGAAGCCCCAGUCCUUCAGUGAGCCAGGCCGCUGCUGGAGCUCUGAGGAACCUGGUGUUCAAGAACAACAAUAACAAACUUGAGGUUCAAGACUGUGGUGGUAUAGCUAAGGCCCUUCAGCUACUAAAGGAAUCAGAUUCUACUGAGACCCAGAAACAAGUUACUGGCCUGCUGUGGAACCUGUCCUCUGCCAGCCAGCUGAGGGGCGAGCUUACACAAACAGCACUGCCCGCCCUAACUGAAAAUGUGGUGGCGCCAUUCACCGGCUGGUCAGACAACGGUGUCAGCAGCUGCAUUGACCCUUACGUCUUCCACUGUGCCACAGGAUGCCUGCGGAACCUGAGCUGUGGUGAGAUGAAGCAGAGGGAGGCUAUGAGGAACUGCCCUCACCUCAUCGACUCCCUCAUGAGUUACAUGCAGUCCUGUGUGGCAGAGGAGAACCCUGAUGACAAGUCUCUGGAGAACUGUGCAUGCAUCCUCCAUAACUUGUCCUACAAACUGGAGCAAGAGUCCCUUGGGAGUUUCGACCUGUACUACACUAAUAGAAACGCCCAACUUGAGGAUAGGAAAAGCCCCACAGUUGGAUGCUUCAGCCCUAAGAGCAGCAAGGUUCAAAAGGAGUUUUCUUUUGAUACUUCACGAGUGCUUGAUGCCAGUCCCCCAUCGGGUGUAAAGUGGUUGUCCCAUCCUAAAGCUAUAGAGACUUACCUUUCCCUGCUGGAUUCAUCCAAGACAGAUGGCACUCUAGAGGCCUGCUGCGGUGCUCUGCAGAACCUCACUGCCAAUAAGGGACAAGGGUCAGAUAGUAUUAGCAAAAUUUUGGUUCAAAAGUCCCUGUAUCACUUUGUGCCUCUGCUGAAGUCGCCUAACCAGAACCUUCAGAAGACUGCCUUGUCCUUGCUGGGUAACAUGUCUAGGACCAGCACUUUGCAGGCCACCAUGGCAAAGGAGGUGUUGCCUCAGCUCACCGAAUUCCUAAAAAGUAACACCAGUCAAAUGGGAUAUUCGGAUGAAACCAUAGCAGGAGCUUGCAGCACAGUGCUGAGACUGCUGUCAGCAGACAGUGAGGUCAGCAAGAAGGUCAUCACUAAUGGAAUGGUUGCUUCACUGAGUGACCUCAGCGAAAACAGGUCUUUUCCCAAAGGCAGUAAAGCAGCCUCGGUGCUGCUGUGCAGCUUAUGGAACGACAAGAAUUUGCAAAGUGCUGUGAAAAAGUUGGGGGUAGGCAAAUCAGUCUUCGUCAAUGACACCACAACAGCAGCGUACUCCCAGCAGCUUGAUCAACUGGAUCGGCAGUAAUAGUUCUGAAAGAUAGAAACCAACGUGUUCAGACACUCCUGUGGCCACACCCUUGCGACGAAGACAGAAAGAAAUUUUUUUUUUUAAAUUUACGCUCUUUAUUAAUAACAUUUUGAAAGAACCUGGCAGUUAUUACUUAUUGAUUGAUGCAUUGUACAUACUACAAUUAAUUUUAUGAAUAAUCCUGUGGUCUGUGUGUUUGGAUAGGUUUCUGUAUCUGUAGCCAAGUAGGCUGAGAGCGCUUUUUGGAAGUGUGUGUGUGCGGUGAAACUGACUUGUUUUAGGCUGCAAGUCACAGUGUGGACAGACAGUGUUAUCAGCCGCAGAAUGUUACUUUCAGCGAUUGUUCGGGUUCAUGAAUGCCAAUGUGUCUGCCUACAGUGACUGAAAGUUAUAUAUAGAGAGAGAUCUGAGCAGCCAAAUAUGAAAGCUUUGUGAAAAAGUUGCAGUAAGAUGAGAAGUAUAUGAUUUAAAGAAUGUGUUUUUAAAAAUAUUAUAUCCCCACCACACACUUGUUUAUUUGCUUUAGUGAAGAUAAUGGAUUUUUCAUGUUAAAUGUACAAAGAAUGCAUAAAGGGGUUUUAUAGAAAGGAUCAAGCAAGCAUUCAGUUAAAGUAAACAAAAGCAAUACUUUGGUUUCCAAGGUUAGCAAACAAGCGCUGUUUCUAAUGUAUAUUUCUAAUGCACUUUUAUUUUAUUAACAGUUCAAAUCCGUCACCUUAAAAUUUUAAGCACUAGUUCAACAUUUAAAUGUGCCGUUUUGCUUUCUUCGCGAUUAGCAUCAUGUUUGUUUGUACAUUAAAUUUGAAGCCACAGCUGGCAGCCAGUUAGCCUAGCACGAAGACUGGAAACAAGCAGACAAACCUAGCCUCCUUCCAGAGGUUACAGUUACACAAUCUGCUUACCUCCACCUCUAAAGAUCACAGAUUAAAUCAAUUGCAUCUUCAUUAUUUAACCCAUAUAAAACAGAAUCAUUGACAGGGUUUUGGUGAUUGCAACUUCAUUUAGAUUAUGACAUGAUAAACAGUGAAAACAGGUCACCUUUCCAUAGAGCCAGGUUAGGACUUUCCUCUUGCUUCAAGGCUUUGCGCUAAACUAAGUUAACUGCCUGCUGGCAGUAGCUUAUACAGGAUAUAAGGUAUCCAACUUUUCAAGCAGCUCUUAGCAGCAUAUUCAGUUUUAGAUUCUUCCAUAGUGAUGAGUGCCUUGUUCACAACUUUUUUUUAAUGCUGUAUAUAUUUUUUGUCUUUUAAUUAUUGCUUUGUGUUUUUGCAUGCAGUGGGGAAUUGGGGAACAGAUGUGCCAAAAAAGGAUCAUCUGGCAAAAAGUGAUUUCCAGGAUUUGCCAAAAAAUGAUUGGCUGUAUUUAAACAGUUGCAAAUGACUUUUUGGCUUUUAAUCUGUGAAACAUAUUUCAAACAUACCUUUCAUGAAUGAUAUCGAGUCAUUCUGAGUGAUAAACACGAUUCCUGUCACAAGGUAGAAGCUGCAAUCAGUUUUUGGCAAAGUGACUUUUAUAUAUUCUUUAUUGAUUAGGGUAAAAAGUCAUUGACAUUAAAAAAAAUACUUUUUUUUAAAAGAGAGAUCUGGCCAAGAGGGCAACAGAAAUUACAACAAAUAUAACAUCACUGUUCUAUAAAGAGAUUUUAAGUGGCCAAAAAUAUGGUAUACUAUAGGUAAAGUAACACAAAGUCAUAAAGAUACUUGCAGAACAGGUUGUUUCUUUAUUUUACAUGUAAGCCCUCCAUCAAUCCUGUUGACUGCAAUUUAUUUAGCAAUAAUAAGCAAAGACAUUACACAUAUAAAAAACACAAAGAAACACUGAAAAUCACUUUUUGGUGCAACAGGUGACAUAGAAAGACUGGAAUGUAGCACACAACAUCUAAGCAUCCGUCACUUUCAUUCACAGAUUAACUACGUGUAGAAAUGUGGACCAGCAGUAAAUCAUCAGUCAGCGGUUAACUUGGCUGAACUCCUCUGAGUGUUCUUUGACACAAUUCAAACGAGCACUAAGGAGGUCAUGAAGAUUUUGUGCCUUUCAACAACUGUUUAAUGAAUUUAGUGAAUUGUGUGCGCCAGUCGAGGGAAGAGCAGCUGCAUUUACAAGUGUGUCGUGUUUAAUAGUUUUUUUAAUUUAAAAACGCAAGCUUUAGAAAAGAGGUCAUUACAGGGUGUCUGCCAUCACAUCCAAACUCCCUUGUUUAUUGAAAACAGAUUUUAAGUCUUUGUGAAAACUCAAAUUCUUUUGGGAAAACCCAACAUUACAAAUCACAAAACAUGCCUGCCGUGCGACAAGGCGGUAGGAAACUGUGGGGAUUACACAGGGCCACACAGUGCAAGGCAGCGGAUUGUUUUUCUGCUUGGGAAAUAGCCGUGUUGAGGUUCACUCACCUCGGGAGGAUCAAUGUCAGUAUUGCUUAGAAUGUAUUUUUUGGAGAACUGUUUGUGUUUUUGUGUGUGCACGCGCGUGUGUGUGUGUGUAUAUGGCAUAUAAUUAGGAGCCUUUUCUGUCGCUCAGAAUAAAUAAAAUAUG